CGUGGAUAUCGCAAGUUCCAUAUUUGGAAAAAGUUAAUUUACUGCAUUCAUUGCAAGCUCUGUCUCGACCAGAAAAGAUUCUUUCAUCUAGUGAUAAGAAAGUAGAUAAACAGGACAAUGUAACCCAAGCUCUAUUCAACUAUGUGGAAGAAGAAGCCGAAGCACCAGUUGCUUCAACAUCUGGAACUUCCAAAACUUCUAAGAUGUCUAAUCUACCUGAGCCAGAAAUCAAUGAGUGGUCUCAAAAGAACCAGCUUGAAACUAGCAAGCUUUCUGAACCUAUUAUACCUAUAAGUAGAGUAGUGCCUGAUACAUCUCCUAAAGAAUCUGGGUCUAUUGAACUUAUCAAUGAA